AUGUCGACAGGGGCAGGCAGCCUCCAGGCAAAACUCCGAUCUCUUCACGAGUACUCGGCUUGUGAUGUGUCGGAUGGUUUGUUGAAACUCCAGAAGCCGAAACCAGGCGAAAUUGCGCGUGGUGGCUUCCUGGUCGAUAUUGAACCAUUUGCUUUACCGCAAUCUUCCGCAGCAAACCAAAACACAACAAAUAAGAUCAUUGCACCGGCAUGCACCGUCAAGCUCGUACCAAAGCAGUCCCCACCAGAUUCAACGCCGCCAGCCGAGAACACAAUACCCAAAGGAAGUCAUUGGGUAGAUUUGACAGAAUCUGGAUCCGUUGUGGUCAUUGAUCAGCCAGAAGGUCAAAAAUGUGCAGCCGUAGGGGGUAUGAUGGCAGCAAGGAUGAAGAUUAGAGGCGUGGCAGGAUGCAUUGUUGGUGGCCGUGUCAGAGACAUAACUGAACUAAAAAGUUCUGAGCUGCCGAUCUUCGCACUGGGGAGGUCGACGGUCGGAACAAGUGCUGAAGCAACACCAUAUGCUCGCAAUGUUCCAGUCUCAAUAACCGGUGUGAACGUGUCUCCAGGCGACAUCAUUUUCUGCGAUCCUACCGAAGGUGUGGUAGUCAUCCCUCAAGAAUUGCUCGAUGAAACUUUGUCCUUGAUACCCAAGUUGGUUGCUGCCGACGACAAAGUGAAAGAAGCCGUAGAGGGUGGGAUGACGGUGGCAGAGGCGUUCAAAAAGUUCCGAGAGUGA